AUGCGUUUCUCCAUCGUCACGCUCCUGACCGCCAUCAUGGCUGUGACCACUGCGGCAAGCUCUGUGGAAGCUGAGAAGCGUCAGCUUUCGGCUUGCGUUCAGCAAUGCAUGGAUGAUCUUGGCAUUUAUGACGGACAUGCCAUUUCCCAGUGCAGGAGAACCUGCGGUGAACGCCCUUGA